AUGUCUUACCUAUCUUACUCACUGGCGGCAGCCUCCUUGCUCGUAACUUUCAUUGUCACCAUUCUUAAUGGUAUCUGCUAUGCAACCUCGAAAGCCUCCCCCGAUGUGGCCUCGACUAUCCUAAGUGCAGUGAGCUGCAUGGCUUUGAUUGCCCUCGGUCUGCUGCACCACCAAAACAUCCAAACCGGCCGCCGACAAUAUAUCUGUUUUGCCGGCGGAUAUCUACUCAUUGCUGCUGCUGCAUCUGCCGGAGCAAUGGCAAUGAGUCCUCAAGCCUCAGUCUUUGUGGUUCGAUCUGUUUUCUGUGCACUAUCAGUGUUCGCACAAGGCUUGUACUGUGGAUUCCUCGCGAUGACACUAGCCCAGGAGAAAUCCAAUCUUGAAUGGCCGCGUGCCUACUCCCAAGAGUUCAACUCCCAAGAGCUCAAGGAUAUCCCGCAAAGCCCUAAUUUCCUCCCGUCUCCCCCUCGAGUAUGCGACUUGUCUGAGCUAUUCGAACCCAAAAGAUCCUCACUUCGCAAAUUCCCUCGGCGGUCCAGCCGCUAUUCAGACGCAACACUCUGUCCUUCAAGCACAAAGGAAGAAAAGCACGCCUCUAUCGACACAAAUUCCUCAACCCACAGCUCACCAAGCCCAUCCCCAACACGGGACACAAUGCCAGACACCCUCCCAGACCGGGACACUCGCCCCCUCCUCCGAGGCCCCCACAGCAUCCGCAGCAUGCCCAGCCUACGCCGCAAUCCACCAACCGCACUCUCCUUAGACAGUUUAGUACACCCACCAAUGCCCUCGCCAACAGCGUCAACAAUCCGGGUCGACUCCCCAACACAGUCCAGCUCAAACAGCUCAACGUGGGAAUACAACCCAUUCGGCGAGAAUAACAUCCACCCUCUCUUCCGCUCAACAAGCCCCUGCCCAUCUCCAACCUUUGCCCCAGGGACAAUGGUCAAAGCCUCGCCGAGCGCGGGACAGACCAUCACGGUGGGGACGAUCACGCGCAUGAGAUCUGCCCGUUCUCUCCGCGAGCAGGCCAUGCGUACGCCCUCCCCGUUGCCUGGGUCGGAGUCAGAUGAGGCCUUCCGCCCGAGGCCGAAUCCGACUCGUGGCUUUGCGCACUCGCAUUCUGAGAAGAGAUAUGACUUGAACGAAUCCCCUUAUGAAAAGUGA